UAAAUUCAGAAUUGGGAAAACUGAAAUGUCAUAAUAAGUACCUAUAACCUACAUAGAUUUUGUAAUUUGUAAAUCAAUUAAUAAAUAAUUCUUAUUUUGCUACUGUUUCAUGUGAUACUAUUUCAUUAUUGAUUAUUUUACAAUACCUGGUAUUAUUUAGUUUUCUUUGAAUGGUGUUGAUUUUAAUAACCGAUUUCUGAUAAGAAAAGUCUCACCAUGAAGGGAGGCAUGUGUGAUCAGAAGCCAGGUGGGGGUAGGUGAGGCAAGGCGAAAGGCGAUGGCGGAGGAUGAAGUCGGGCUUGCAGACGCUGUGCUGCUCGCGCCCCUAACUGAAGACUCCUUUCUGCACAACUUACAUGUCCGAUAUAAACGAGAUAUCAUUUAUACAUACGUAGGCAACGCCCUUAUUUCGGUGAACCCAUGCCGACCUCUGCCACUCUACUCGGCUGAUCUGGUCCGGACCUAUUUAGCGCGACCGCCAUAUUUGCUGCCACCGCAUCUGUAUGCGAUAACUGCAACGGCCUAUAGAUGGGUACGCGACAGAAACGAGAGUCAGUGCAUAGUUAUUACCGGUGAGAGCGGCGCUGGCAAAACAGAGGCCGCGCGUGUUUGCCUCCAAUGUGCGGUAGUAGCAGGUGGAAGCGCGGGCGGCGCAGCGGGUGGCGGAGCGGCUGCCACGCUGGUCGCGGCCGGAACACUUCUCGAAGCCUUUGGGAACGCCGCUACUGCAAGGAACCAUAAUGCCAGUAGAUUUGGAAAGCUGUUGGAUAUAGAGUUGGACUUCAAAGGAGAACCGAUCGGUGGACACCUGACACACUACCUCUUGGAAAAGGAACGCGUUUGCUUCGUAUUAGACGGAGAACGAAAUUUCCACGUGCUAUAUCAGUUGCUAGCCGGUGCAGACGCUCAAUUGCUCAAGCGGCUUAAGCUGCAGCGUUCAUGGGAGGCGUACCGGGUACUGCGGGGUCGGGCGCCCCCCGCGGGCUCGGAUGAAGCGUCCCCGCCCCUCCGUCCGCCCCCGGGCCCCGCCGACCCCCACGCAGAUCGAGACCACUUCGCCUUCACCAAAGCCGCCAUGAAAACCCUCGGACUGAGCGCGGCGGAAUGCGGGGCGGUUCUACGAAUUCUGGCCUUCAUCCUCAAACUGGGAAACGUCCGGUUCGAACCCCUUCAUCACAUAGACGGCUCGAUUGGAGCACGUGCUCAUCAUGAACUCGAGUUGCGGGACGCGUGUGCGCUGGUCGGAGUCGAUCCGGACACCUUAGCUCUCGCUUUGGGUGCGGCGCCGGACGCAUCGGUGCCUCCGCCUGCCGCCCCAACCGCUGAGGCCUCACACGAAGACGAGUGUUCAGUGGAGGAGGAAGAGAGUUCAGUGGGGGGCGAAUCCGAGGCGUGGAGCGAGUGGGGGGAAUGGGGAGAGUGGGCGGCGCUACGGAGGGAUCGUGUGCUUUGCGCGCUGUAUUCGCGCCUUUUCAACUGGUUGGUGCGCGGCGUUAACGCGGCGUUACGAGGAGCGGCCGGCGGUCGUCGCUCACUGGGCAUUCUGGACGUGUACGGGCUGGAGUCGCUGGCGCACAACUCGUUGGAGCGGUUGCUCAUCAACUACGCGGCGGAACGCGUGCAUGCGGCCGUCUGUACACUGGCGUUGCGCCGGCAGCAAGAGGAGUAUGCGCGCGAGGGACUCGCAUGGACGCCGCUGCCUCUUACCGAUCACGAGGCGGCCGCGGAUGCGCUGGACGCGGGACCGGACUGCGUGCUUGCCGCAUUGCGCGAUGCCACCCUCCGCGCGGCUCCCGAUUCCCAUUUCAUACAGCGUCUGCAGCGGCGUCGGCAUCCACGCGUCUUGCCGUUGCCGCCCGAUAGAUUUCAGAUCACGCAUUUCGGUGGCGUGGUGGUGUACAGCGCGCGCGGCAUCGUUAGCAAAAACCGUGACUCGGUCUGUCGCCGUUGUGCCACCGUCCUGGCCGCAGCUCGUGAACCCUUGUUGGCCGCCCUUUUCGCCGCGCCGCCGCCACCAACCCACGCAGCCGCCGGGUCUCCGCGCCGAGCCGGGGCGCUCGCGUGCCGCCAACGUGCGCUCAUCGCCGCUCUUCUGCGAAGACUGCCGCCGGCGCCGCGUCUAGUGAGAUGUCUACGCGCCGACACCGCGCUCCGGCCGCACCGCUUCGACGCGCCCCUGUUGCGUCACCAGAUCCGAACUCAGGGCAUCGUGGAGAUGGCUGCCCUUCGACGGGCGGGCUGGUGCGAGUCGCUAUGCGCACGCGGCGUGGUGGCGCGGUAUGGGAUCCUGCGGUGGCGUCGUUCGACGCUCGCCAACGCGGCGGCGACUGCGGGAGAGGAAGCGGUGCGCGCGGCGCGGUCUCUGCUGCGUACGCUGCCCAUUCCGAGUGGCGAAUUUGCGUUUGGACGUACUCGAGUGUUCGUGCGUAGUCCGCGCACGGUGUGGGAGUUGGAGGCGUUGCGAGCGGCGCGCGUGGAUCGUCUGGUGACCGCGGCCCAGAGGGCGUGGCGGGAACAUCGAGCGCGACGCCGCCAUACCGCUCAGCGCACAAUCGCCUCGGCCUGGCGCGCACAUAAGGCUCGACAAGAGUCAGUAGAAGAGACAAUAGCGCUACAGCCUUCCUAUUGGCGACCGGGUGCCCCAGCAGCACCAAGUCCGGCAGCAGCACGAGCAGCGGCGGGACUGGUAGUCUGGCGUGCGUGGUGUUCUAGCGCCCGUCGGCGUUACCUCCGCGGGCUGUGGGCGCGAUUGCCGGCGCGGCAUCGUUCGCCCGUCUGCACCGCGUGGCCUCCACCCCCCGCCCCCCGCCUACUCGCCCGGACCGAUUCCCUUCUCCGACGCUUACAUCACCGCUGGCGCUGUCAAUUGUACCGCACGGCAUUCGACCAGACCGCAAGGAACCGCAUGCGGGAGAAGGUGACGGCGAGCGUGCUCUUCAAGGAUCGCAAAGCGUCGUACGCGGUGAGCGUGGCGCACCCUUUUGUGGGGGAUUAUGUGCGUCUCCGCGCGUCCGGGGCGUGGCGACGCGGGGCGGGCGCGGGCGCGGCCGACCGCUACGUGGUGUUCGCGGAUGCGGCGGUGCGGGUGGCGAGGGGGGGCGGCGCCGGACGUGUCCUCGCGGUGGUGUCGACUGCGGCGCUUCUGCUGUUGGAACCGCGAUCGCUGCGAGUGAAGCGACGGGUUCCAGCGCAGCAGGUGUACCGCUUGUCGCUUUCGCCGCAUGCGGAUGAUGUACUGGCGGUGCACGUGCGAGCCCCUGCCGCCCCCGAUGACUCUGACGAGGAUCUCUCGCAGUGCUCCUCUAGGGACGCGUUGGAUGCCCCCGGGUGCCUUUUUGGGAGUGAAGGCGGAUGGCGGCGACGCGGCGACGUAGUGUUACGCACAUGCCACGUGCUGGAACUGGCCACGAAGCUGUUCCUGGUCGUGCAGAACGCCGUGGGCGCGCCGCCGCACGUUAAUAUUGCUUCCGAAUUUGAAGCAAACUUCGGUCAGCAGUUAGUGACAAUAGCAUUUCAUGCGACGGGCAGUGCCCCCUCUGGGGCUCGCUUAGUCCGGCGCGGAAGCCGUCUUGAUGUCCUGCUGUGACCGGGGUAAGACACGACAAUAUAACUGUAAAUUCCACACGCGGUUUCGAUAGACAAAGUUACUUUUAGUAUGGCCGUCUCUUUUCUCUACGAAAUAUAAUUUAAAUAAAAUCUUUUUUUUUUGUUUGGUGUACUAUCUGUGGUUAGAUACAGACUGUGUCAAAUUGACAUAACUAUUUGUUUUUUUUAUGAUCUUUUAUUAGAUAAUUUGUAACAGGGACACAAGUCCUUUAGUCGGAAUAAUAGAGUACAAAUGUGACAGGAUAAUUUAAAAUCUUCGCCAUAUUUCGCCGCGAUGUUCAAAAGUUGUACUGGCGUAUAGGCAAGUCAAGUUUGUGUUAAAUUUUGCAUUUAAUAGAUAUCAUAAGUUUUCGAAUUAAGCACAUGCGAAAUGAACGUGUUUUUUAUUUAAUCGGUUUCUAUAGGCAGAUAGAUGCAGUGGUGUUUAUAAUUGUCAUUUACAUUGUUUAUUACCGGCAAACUACAUAUUAUGUAUUUUAAUUUUUUUUUUGAGAUUAGCUCUUACCACUUAGGGGUAUUUUUAACACAAACCUAAGAAUCGCUUACGCGGAAGGAAGGUGUUUAGUUAUGAACACAGCUACGAGAAUAUUAUAUAUAUAUAACAUUGUCGUAAACAUGUAUCAAAACUAGUUUUUGCAUACUGUUAAAUUUUAUAAAAUCUUAUCCUACUUAUAUUGCGACUUUUGCGCAAGUCACCGCUAGACAGACGAGUCAAUUUUAAAAAUACAUUUAUUUUGUAAUCGUAUAAAAAGACUCGGCCAUAUGUGUUCGUCUUCGUCCGUGUGUGGUCCGUUUUGCCAUUGAAGUGUUCUAUUCGAUUUAAGAUGCGUUGCGAUUAUAUUUUCCCAGAACGGCCUAAUACGCCAUAAGUUCGAACAGUGCCUGCGCCUGUGUAAACGUUAGUUAUGAGAGUUAUGUAAUUAAAUUUUAAUAUUGUGUAAAUAUAUCAGUGCGGUGUGGUUGUGGCUAGGAGAUCUUUUGGUCGCAUAUCAGAAUCGUGUAAAUGCAUGUCGCCACAUUGCGCUGACUGUUGGUAGCUGUGUAGUGAGUGUGUCGGCUGUCCCAGUUAUAUGCACUAGUGUCGAUUAUACAGAUUAUACAGAAGGAUAAACGUGCCAAUAAUGGAGAAGUUUUAAUUAAUUAUAACAAUUAUAAAAAAGUAUUUUUAAAAAGGAAAUAGGAGUUCGCGCCCAGAAUGAUGCGCGGUGUUUUUUUUUUAAUAUUUUAUGGCCUGGUAACAAGGCUUCUUGUUCUUGAUCAAAUCACACAGGUGGCGGCGGAAAGGAUGACUUAUUUCCCUUCACUAGUCUGUGAAAAAUGAACAUAUGACGUCGUCAUAAACAAUAGACCCAUAUUUGAACUGUCAUAGUCUGUAUUUGAAUGCCACGAGUAAAAACUUGACCAUAAAACUUCUCCAUUAAAAGCCCAUCCCGAUUUGUAAUAGUUAUAAAAAAUGAAUGUUUGGAUAUUGUGUGGGACCAGACUAUAUCCCUCUAUCUGUUUCUUUGAAAUGAAUUCUGACAUUCCUUUUUUAUUCAGCGUGCCAAAUAUACACAAAGUUUUAAAGAAAUAUAAUAUAUAUACGUAUAUUAAAAAUAUAUCAAGUCAACAGUAAUUUUUCUCAUUUUUAGAUGAUUUGAAUGAUUAUUAUAUAAACUUAUGUCCUAUGGACGUAAUUGAACUGCACUAGGGAUUAUGUGCCAACGGGCGAGGGUGCGUUUAGAGGAGUAGCUGGAUAUGUAUUUCCAUAAGGUUCGGCUCUGAUGAAAAUUCUAUAUAAUAAUCUAAAACUGUUAUAUUCUAUGACCAUGCCAGGCCAUGGUAGCAUCACAGGAUAUCUAAGAGCAUCAGCUCUAUCGAUAUCGAUAUAUUUAUAUCAAUAAACCCAUAUUUUAUACCAUGCAUCCUACAUUCUGUAAUAACUAUGCGUAAAGAAUCAGUAAAAAUAUAAAUUCCUGAAGUGUAAUGACGGAAGUCUCCUAAAUGCAAAUUAGCGGGAAUGACAUGGCUCAAAAUUUAAACCUGUUGGUCUUUAGUCUAUACAGUUGGUCACAGAUAGUGACAGAGAUUACACAAGAUUUGGCAAGACGCCUUUUAAACGUAUAAUUCUUGCCCGAGUUUUCCAUUGUUAAUUCGUAUUUUAUUACCAUUUUCAUCCCACUCUUAAGAGUUGUACAAAAUCAUAGGUCUCUCUCCUUGUUGCUAUUAAAGCUCUUUACUACUUAGCAAAUAAUUAGUAAAAUUUUAAACUAUUAUGGUUUUGUCUAAAUAUAUUUUAGGUCUCUUUCGCGCCCUCUACCGGUGUAAAUUAAAUUCUUGUUUGAAUAUGAAAUAUUAAGGUCACCGAAAUAGUGUAAUAACCGAUUUAAUAGUAUUAAUUGCCAAAGUAACUCUUAUGAUAAGGGCAGGGCAUCUUGGAAUUAAUAGGCUUUAAAUAAUAUAAUGUUGCGAGUUUAAUGAAUAAAUUGUUGAGGUGCCAAAUGUUAUAAACUCAGAGAGACUAGAUGUUUUCUUCAGAUUUUUCAAUUGGGGCCGGAGUUUAUCUGACUCGGUGGCUGAUAUACAUUUAUAUGACAGAAAUGUCACGUGAUAUCGUAAUAGACAACAGAUCGCCGCCGAGCAGAGAGACAUGACACUGUAAACUCCUUGCUUAGUUUCUUCACUGAUGUCAGAGAACAUUUGAAAACCUUUACAAAUGUGUCAAUCUUUACCAUCACUGGUAGGAUCGUAAGAAACUAAGCGAAGGUAAUCCCUUAUGACAUCGUUUCUCCAGUAGUCGCGACCCUUGGAGGAGUCUAAUUUGUUUUAAAAGGGUAUCGCAAUCUGUUGAAAAAUAAUAAAUACAAUAUAUUUGUACAAAAGAUUCGUUUAUUAAAGGAAUGAAUAAUUAUAGUGUAGUAUUAUAAAACUUAAUUCUAAUUUUAUAUUCACGAGGUCUGACUGUUUUACUUCUGGCUUUUUUUCUUGGGUCGCGACAUAAUGGUUGAGAAACGAUGCCUUAUUUGACCCUACCAAAUUUUUGGGGUUUCUUUACACAGCUUAGACUCGAGAUAUAUUUAAGAUUUAUUAACUAAAGCACUAUAUUUGUAAUUUUCCCUCGGAGUUAAAUUUUUCCUUACCUAGAAUCCCGUACCUAGUAAGUGGUUACUAUAGUUUCUAUUGAGAUGGAAAUGUUUUCAAAAUGGUCCAGCAUUGUAUGGUGUGCAAGUGAGGCGGCCUUGAGGACAUGUUAAAUUAUCAAUAAAAUGUUUUAUUGUUUUUUAAUAAAAUUUAACAAUGUU